UUGUAUCCCGUUAUUAUUAUUUGUACUUCUGUCAUGUUUUACAGAUUUUGUUGGAUCAUUGUGCAUUGAAUUUAGUUAUAAUUUUGUUGAGCAAUUGCAAUUUAUUUUAUAUGUUUUCAUAUGAGGUAUUUUUUAGAAAUUUUACGAGGUAUUUUUGGGGUUGUUAUAAGGUCCAAAGUUUUUCUAUGUUGUCGGAAAAAAAUUGGCUUCAUUCCUGGCUCUGCUACUGCUGACCUCUGCGAGGAGGAUCUAGCAUGGUGGAGGAGAGUGUGGGGAGGGGAGGACAACCACGGGACUGCUCGCCGGUGACAAGGAGGGAAGCCAUGGACUGCUCGAUGCUGACGGGGUAGUGAAUUGAGCAAUAAUGCUUACAGUUUCUUGUGUCGGGCAUCUAAAUCGAGAGAUGGUGCUCGCAGUUUCUCAUGCUGGGCUUCUGAUUCAGAGCUCACGGAGGAGAGAUGAGGCGGUCAGAGUUCUUCAUCCUCGACUCCGACGACUUGUGGCUGAGUGAGUCGGUGUGGAAAAGGUAGAGGAGGUGGCAAGAAGGUAGGGGCUGCUGUGAGGGCGAGCACGGCUGCCAUCGGCAACCGGGAGGCUUAAGAGGGAUGUGGUGUGGCCGCUUGGAGGGUGAGUGCGCUUAUAAAGGUUUGGGUGGUGAGUGCGGCCGCCAGCAGUGAAGUCCACUGACUUGCUAUUGUUUGGCGUGGGAUCACUAACCUAUGUGCCAGAUUACCUAUGGGCCCACAUGUCAGCCACCCACGUCAGGGAAGCAAUAUUGCAGAGAAGCCUCGUCCACGGUGAAGGGAGGAGGAGGGGCAUUACGGGUUGGGUUGUUCACGCAAUCGAAGAAAGACAUGACUAGUGGGUCUCACAUGUAUGUGAGAGAAACAAAGAAAGAGGAUGACAGGCUAGAUGUUUUGGGGGCAAAAGGUUGACCAGUGGGUCUCACACGUCAAAGUCCUUUCACAUGUCAUUUAACACUGUUAUGCGGAAUUUUUUGAUGGAAGUGUUAGAUUUGUAAUGAAACUAGUAGCUGCCCGUGCGUUGCUACGGAAAUAAAUUAUACUCCUUUCGUCCCAUAUUAAGUGCACUCAAACUAUGUUUGGUUUCAAAGUGCACACACACGCUGAUUUAAAUUGUGUCGUGUUAUUUCCCGCCGAACAUGCUAAGUCGCCGCACGUAUUAUUCUUUCUUCCUACCUCAUCAUCUCGGCCCAUCACCCAACUUUGCUCCACUUCACUUCUCUCCGCCAUAGCAGACAGUUUUUCAUCACAUUCAAAACAUCCUAUUUCUGAUAGCUACUGCAUCUGUAAACAAAUAUAAGACGUUUUAGAGACUUGACGGAGGGAGUAGUUUCUAUCAAAUAGGAUAACAACUGAUAAUAUCCUAGUGCCAAGAAUCACAAGAAAUAAGGAAAAUCUAACAACUGAUACAAGGAACGACAUCUUUUUUAUAUUCAUUAGUCCACCAAUAUUCCAAUUGCCAACACAGUUUGUAGUUCUUGCAACACAUAUCAUGUUUUGUCAGUAUAUGGAUAGGCAACAGGACUCCCCCCUUCCCUUUUGCAGUUCAAAACAUGUGGUUGGCUCUGUAGUGGUCUUGGCCUCUUGGACAAACUGAUUAACCUUCGAAACAGAAAAUGAUAAUUUGAUGGUCAAUUUCUUUCUAGUAGAAACAGGAGGGCAUUACCUUAGCGUGUUUUAUGCAGGAACAUUACCUUGGUUUACACAAGCAAGUGGAUUAUGACCCGAGCCUCAAGUUCAUACACCAAAAUUAGCAAUCACUUAUUUAUCCUCUGUUUAAAUUAAAAUUUUCUAAAAUGUAUCAUCACAAGAGGUUAACUGGCAUAGCAGUGACGUUAAGACAUUCAAGCAAACAUAUAAAGAUCUAAUGAUCAGUAAGAGAAGUACAAAAUCAUUGCAUAGGUCACGAAGAGCAUGUUGAGAACAUAUCACAUCAUAGAGUGAGCCAGUACAAGAUGCCCAAUCUUUCUCUAAAUAAAGGAAGCUAGAGCUCUGUAUCUUUUCAAGCUAAUAACAUACCUUUGACUGCCUAGAUAAGAGAUACUUAGUUUAAGUUUUCUUAAUAUAAUCAAGAAGUGAAGAUACUGGAGUGCUGCAUCUGCGAUUCUCUAUCCCUAUGAAACUGCUACACCGCAAGAUGAUCAGACUGCAGACAAAAUUCUGGCGUGCAGAGAGUUCAACUAUCGGGCAUUGCAUGAUAAUAUGGGUCUGAACCUGAGGGCAGUCAGACAUGCAUCUGCAGAUUGCAUAUAUGCACAAUCUGAUGUCAACAAAAGCAAUGAACAUAGAGCAACAUACUCCCUCCGUUCCUAAAUAUUUGUCUUUCUAGACAUUUCAAAUGGAAUACAACAUACGGAUGUAUGUAGACAUAUUUUUAGAGUGUAGAUUCACUCAUUUUGCUUCGUAUGUAGUCACUUGUUGAAAUCCCUAGAAAGACAAAUAUUUAGGAACGGAGGGAGUAAUAUAUAACUGACAUAGAAGUAACACUUUAUCAGUAAUGGAGGAAUGCAGUAUUAACCAGACAACACUUUAGCCACAACAUCUUGCAAUACUAAUCUGCUACCUAUAUAUGUCGUCGGCGAAAAUAAUACAAGAGGCAUACGGCACAACUGCAUUAUGGCACAUAAUGCAUGAGGUAAACACUAAUUACUCUCUCUGUAGGCCAUAGGCCGUAGGCCAUAGGCCGUAGGCCAUAGGUCAACAAUCAUGAAUGGCGAUAGAGCUGCAGUUCUUGGGUGCUUGCAAUAAAAUUAUAUCAGAUAUUGGCAGCAUGGACACACGAUAGAUAGAACUUCCCGAAGUGCAUUACUUGUGUUAGAAAUUUGAACACAGACCACCCAAAUACUGGCAGUAAAGUAGCAGCUCUAAACUAUUGGAAACGCUACUUCACAAAAGUUUGGAGCUCACCAUGUCAAGCAUACAAGCUUCCUCUGAACGUAUUGUCCAAAUUUGCAGUUCUAUAUUCAGAACUCUAUCUACAUGCAACUUAUUGUGUUUCCCUGACUCUAGCCCAUGUAGCAAUGAGCUGUACUUCUCUACUGGAGCACAGAACAACGAUAACCAAUAGUUGCAGAAGAGAACUUAAUGAUCUAUUGUGAUCCCAAUUCUGAUCAUAGGCAAGACAAAUUAUACAAUGUAGAGAUUCCAUGCUGAUGUCCAACAUGUAACCGUAGAUGAGUUUCCGCUUGUCGACUUCAUUGCAAUAAGAAAGAAGGUGAACAAGGUUGGCAUGCCAGAGCCUGGCCAUCACCUCUACUUCUUUCGCGUAAUCAGUUUUGCAUUUCCUUGUUAGAGCAGACUGCCUAAGCCUUUUCAAGUAACCGUUCUUACUGAUUAUACAAUUAUAAAGCUAUUGAUUGGCCUAUCUAUCUCUAAAAAGAGGUGCUUAAACUACUGCAGACCGAAGUUGAUCAAAUAAGCAAAUUACAUAUGCAAUCUUGGGGAUGAAAUAUAUAUGUGCAUACCUCCCGGCAAGAAUCGCCACAAUGAAGCGUGGAGGCAGAGCGCGGCAGCAGCUGCGUGUCAAUCGUCACCAAGGAAGCAGCACUGAUACUCGGCUUCACGGAAAGACGUUGUGCCGAUGUGAUUGUGCAUAUCCCUGGAACCUGAGAGCUUGCACUACUCGUCUGAAUAACAUUGGAUACUCCUAGUCUGCAUUGGACGAUGCUGCUGUCCGUGAGCACGCGAACGACGCAGCUGGCACGAGGCUGAUGUUGGCCGGGCUCCUGUUGGCGUACACGCUGGCACCAACAGCAUUCAGCACGCCACACCAGCGGACAGCGCCAUGGAGCGCCCGCAGCCCGACUUCCUUGGCAACGGCGGCCUGGACCUCCUGCCGGGUGACCGGCACCGGCAGCGAAGGCCUAAUGGUGAAACGGUUGCGCUCAAUCGUGCGCGUGCGUCGAUUGUGCCAGGAGUUGGGCUCGUCCCCUUUUCUGGGCUGUAGUGUUUCCAAAAGGAAAUCCAUACAAGGAGGGGUGGCAGGACGGGAGAGCAGAGGGACACUUGGAUGUGGCAGCAAGCAACCACUGCCAUGGCUCCAUCUCCGGCUGUAGUGUUUCCAAAAGGAAAUCCAUACAAGGAGGGGUGGCAGGACGGGAGAGCAGAGGGACACUUGGAUGUGGCAGCAAGCAACCACCGCCAUGGCUCCAUCUCCGGCGGCCUGCGCGGUGAGAUCUAGAAGCAGAGAUACGGGGGAAAGCUUGAAGCCAAAAUCCAAUUUACCGAGACCCUAACUACAACUACGUAUAGAAGAGGAGGAUCCCUCUCGCAACUCAACUCCGGCAGUCGCCGUGGAUGAGAUGGGAAGGGCCGACGACGAGGAAUUUGGGAGUGGUUCUCGAAGGCUCGUUUGUUUCGCGAGAGAAGCAGAAAUUUCCAAAGUAUCGGCUUUGUGUUUUGGGUGUCUUCUCCAAAUUUUGUCCGAUGCGUGGGGUGUUUCUGCAAAAUGUGCUCGGGGACUACCCGCCUCAGUUUCAGCCUUACAUUCCAGAUUGGACGGUCAAUAUGGCAUAGAGGCAGACACACCAUCAUCAUAAACUGUCAUUUUUAUAGGAGUAGAGAUUUAGAUCGGCCGUGGAAUAAGGAAGAAAAUUUUUUUAGUGUCAAAUAAGGAAUUAAAUAUUUUGCUUGUGUCAAAUAAGGAAUUGUGUCACGAAACAAACCACACCCCUCUCUCCCCCAUGCCUUCCUGCUUCAUCUAGGUCUUGGUGCUCCGCCGGGAUAGCCACUCGCCGCUGCAAUGUGCUCCUCCUUUCUCUACCAUUGAAGAGGGCAACGUAUUGGCCCACCCAAGCGGCACGCCCCUCCGUCCCCAGAUCCGCCCAAGUGAGGCGGUUGCUGGAAUGGCCAGCCAUCGCCGCAGGGUGCAAUUCCUUACCCAGAUCCAUGCCGUUGAGAAGGGUGACGGACUUGCCCACCCGCAUGGCAUGUGUGUUCGUCCCUAGAUCCAGGCCGGUGAGGAGGUUGGUGGCGUCGGAAUGGCCAGCCACCGCUACAGCACACACCUCCUUUCUGAGAUCCACCCCAUUGAGGAGGGCAACGGAUUGGCCCACCCACGCGGCACGCCCCUCCAUCCUCAGAUCCACCCAAGUGAGGAGGUUGCUGGAAUGCCCAGCCACCGCCGCAGUGCACUCCUCCUUUCCCAGAUCCACACCAUCGAGGAGUGUGACGAACUUGCCCACCCAUGUGGCAUGUGCGUCCGUCCCCAGAUCCAGGCUGGUGAGGAGGAUAUUGGAACAACUCGUCGCAGACGUCAACGCCACCGCGGCACCUCGUCGGAGGUACCCUCCUCCCUGCCGGACAACGACGAUAUACUCAGGGAGAUCUUUCUCCGCCUCCCCUCGGACCUGUACUCAUUCCCCCAAGCGUCUGCCAUCUGCAAGCGUUGGCGAGGCCUCCUCAUCGACCCCAAGUUCCUCUGCCAGUUCUACACACACCACUGCAAGCCGCCCCUCCUCGGCAUCUUCGAGAACUGCAGCAAGGAAGGUAUGGUGUUCACCCCCAUUCCGGCUCUAGUUGCCGACUACAUCCCUCCGGAGCGCUUCUCCCUUGGACGCCCCCGACUUACCUAUGUGCUCGACUGCCGCCACGGUCGCGUACUUAUCGAAGAUCUAGAGCAGAAAUACCUCAUUGUGUGCGACCCCAUCACAAGUGAGAAGUGUCGCGUGGCUCUUCCAUGCAAGUUCAAGUGGAGCUUUGUCGGAGCGGUGCUCUGCACAGCCGGCUACAAGGGGCCCUCCAGCCCCUUCAAGGUGGUAUUGGUGUCCUGGGAUGGCGUGGAUAAUCAACUCCUCGCCUACGUUUACUCCUCGAUGACCGACACAUGGGGCAAUCUCAUAUCAGUUGAGGCUCCAGAUAAUACUUAUUUUCAUGGUUGUCGUAGCACCCUUGUUGGCAAUGUCCUUUACUGGCCAGUUAUGAAUGGGAGAGGUACAAUACUUGAGUUUGAUUUGGACAGCCAGAACCUUACCAUGAUCAAGGGGCCUCCUGGUAUGAAUGAUACUGGCAACUUUCAGAUCAUCCAGGCAGAGGAUGGCGCCGUUGGUCUUGCCAUGUUGUCCUGUCAUAACCUUCAAAUGUGGCAGAGGAAGGUCAAUUGUCAAGGUGUUUGCAUAUGGUUGUUGCAGAAAACGGUUUCAUUGCACAAGCUUCAUAAGAUCCCUCCUCGGGGCAAUGAAAGGAUCAAAUGGCCGGACAAAUUUCUGGGCUAUGAAGAGGAUAACGAUGUAAUCUUUUUAUAUAGAUACGAAAGUGUCUAUAUGGUUCAACUCAAGUCAAUGCAAUUCAGGAAAUUUAAUGGAACCCGUUCCAGGGAGUAUAGGGAGUGUUGUUAUCCUUUCACGGGUUUCUUCCCACCAGGCACAACCAUUACUAGUGGAUGUAAAGAAGCUGAAAUGUUAGGAUGACUGCCUGGUUCGAUAUUUCAAUGUGCUGAAAUGGUUCAACAGGUGAAGAAAGGGCUGCUGCAGUAGUUAGUUGUCACUUUGUCACAUCACAUCAAUGUGGUCAGCGGUGUUUAUAUGUUAUCUGAAUUUUUUUACCAUGGCUUUUAGUCUAGCUAAGCUCCUAAGAAUAGCCAACCCAGGGAGUUUGAGCUUCCCAAGUCAGAUUUCAAUAUGUUUUUACUGCAGGGUUGUGCUUGGCUGCUCUUCUCUUGAGCCAAAAGAGUUUUGUGUAGCGUUGAGAGUUUUUGAGAUGUUGUUUAAAUGACUGAUGCUGAAGGAACUAGAACCCUGAAACUGGAGAAUGUCGAUGUUGGCUUCUGCUACUUGCUAAAAUUGUGGUGGUGUUCUUAGUUUCC